CCAGCCAUGCCGUUGGUCAAAAGAUCUCAGAAAACACUGUCACUUUCGAAACUGUCGGAUGUGAAGUCACAGAAAUGUGGACUGCUGCACACAGUUUACUCGGCCAAUGGGAAUGAAUACACCGGGGAGUGGCAGGACAACAACAAGCACGGAACGGGGAUUCAAGUUUGGAAGAAGUCUGGUGGUAUUUAUGAAGGAGAGUGGAGAAUUGGAAAACAGGAUGGAUACGGCACUUACAGUGUAAUGCAGCUAGAAACAAAGAAGUAUGAAAGGAAGUACUUUGGAGGAUGGAAAAAUGGAAAGAAGCAUGGGUAUGGGAAAUACUUGUAUAGUAAUUCUGCUGUUUAUGACGGGGAGUGGAGUGAGGACCAUCGGAGCGGCUGGGGGAGAAUGUAUUAUGAGAAUGGAGAUGUCUACGAGGGAGAAUGGAUGGGGAAUAAGUGCCAUGGACAGGGCAUCAUUCGAUUUGCAAAUGGAAACUGGUAUGAAGGCGCGUGGCAAGAUGGCAAGAAGAACGGUAAUGGAAAGUUCAACCAUUCUGAUAAAGGUCAACUUUAUGAAGGCUUUUGGGUGGAUGGCGUAGCAAAAUGUGGGACCCUGUCGGAUUUGGAGAGGGAUGAAACACCAACUCCGAGCAAGUGUCAAAUUCCACAGAUCCAACUGGUGGAUAUGGAGUUGGUUUUAAGGGAAGCCCAGUCAACCUACGCUGAUCACUACUGA